AUGAAGACAGCCCAGACACUCAUGGUCAAUAAAACCCCCAGAGCUCCUGAGAUUAUAAAAACGCUGGACUGGGAAGACAACGAAGACCACUUUACAAUAGUCAUAGAGCUCCCCCCGCCCUGCAUGGAUUUAAAAAGUUUUGUAAAGCUCCACGGGCAGAGUCUCGAUGAGGGGAUGGCACAAAAGAUCAUGCGGCAGGUCACUGUAGCCGCUGACGGCUGUAUUAAGCGUGGUGCCUUUCAUCGGGAUAUAAAAAUGGAGAACCUUCUAGUAAACCAGGACACCAUGGAGGUGAAAUUGAUUGACUUUGUUUGUGGCACAAAAGCGUACUGUCCACCAGAGGUCACCGUGAAUGGCAGAUACCACGCAAAGCCGACAACAGUGUGUUUGCUAGGAAUCCUCCUGUUUAUGACGGUGUGUGGUUAUCAUCACACAGAAUACGACCUGGAUUUGAUCAGUAGGAGGAGCUGGACCAGGCCUGGCCUGUCACGAGAAUGCUGCCAGAUGAUUUCUUCACGUUUGCAGUCUGAUCCACAGCAGAGGAUCGAUCUGGAGAAAAUGCAUCUCCACGACUGGUUUAAGCCAAAUGUCCCUGAGUCCUCCUCUCCCGAUGUCUCUGAUGUCCAGGCCCUCUUACGCCUCCCCUCGGCCGCGGUCUAUUGGGAGCACGAGGCGUCAAAGCCCUUCGGGGACGGCUUUUUCAAAAGUGGCAUCUCAUGA